AUCCCAUCCGGAACAUCCGACACCAGCCCUGCUGGUGACGCUACUGGGCAGAACGCGUGAACCUGGCAAGCUCCGGGUUGCCCAUUCUCACGAGCAGAACCAAAGCUGCCCCAGGCGUGGAGAUGCCCGGGCUCCACAAAAUCUCGGAGCCCAUCACGUGUCCCGCCCAGCCUCCCUCGCAGGGUUAUUCUGAAGCUUAAGGGGGCGGGACGAAAGGCUCAGAAACUCCUGGGAGUAAGAGUAGGAUUUCGGUCUAAUGCAGGCAUGGAGUGGGAUGAUUUUUUAGAAGCAGAAGCCGCCGAGCUGCAGCAGAAGGGAGGCAGCUGGCGUCCUCUCCAAAUUGCGUCCAGCGCCGGCUUUCUCAUCUACUUUGCUUGGACUGGAGCAUUGGCCCUCGGCUUCCGCAAAGUCUCUCUGCAGGUGCCGUACGUGCCGUCCAGUGCCAAGCAAGUCCAGAACAUGAUGUCACUGCUAAAAGGGCACUCAGGGAAGCUGGUGGAUUUAGGCUCCGGCGAUGGCAGAAUCGUAUUGGAGGCCCAUAAGCAAGGUUUCCGACCAGUUAUUGGCUACGAACUCAACCCAUGGCUCUUGAAGCUCUCCCAUUUUCAUGCAUGGCGGGCUGGCUGCUAUGGAAAAGUUCUCUAUCGCCAACAAGAUCUUUGGAAGGCAGAUCUCUCUGACUGCAGCAACGUGACAGUGUUCUUGGCCCCCAGUGUGGUACCUCAACUGGAGAAAAAGCUGCUUUCCGAACUCCCAGAUGAGGCCUGCGUGGUGGCUGCCCGCUUUCCCUUCUUCCAAUGGACCCCUUCCAAGGUGGUUGGAGAAAGUUUAGAGAAAGCCUGGGCCUACAGCAUUAGAGAUGUCCGACAAGCAAAAGCGGAGGCUUCAGGGAGGAGCUCAGCAGAAGAAGCAACGUUUGCUCCGAACAUGAGAUCCUGCAAUGAAGAUGGAAGGGAAGAAACACAAGAAUCUUGUUUUCCUUCCAAUCUUGUGUAAUGGUCUAUGGGAAUAUCCUUGAGAGACAGGAGGAGGAAGAGCCGCAGCCGGGGCAAUGGUCAGAUAAGAGACAUCUCAGCCCAGAGAAGGAAUGCAGGUGGGGAAAGCGUCUCAGAAGGGACCCUCCCUAGUUCCCUGGAAAGUAAAGAGAAGUGGGGAAGAGAUGUGGUUUCAGACUGGGAAGAUUCAGUUACUGUAACCUUACAAUAAAGGUAGUGUUAGUACUCAUGGUUUUGAUUUCUUGUCUGGAGAACCCUGAAGGGCUAACAUUAAUCUUGAAAGUCUCAAGGCUGUCUCUCAUCUGACCGUUGCCCUGGCUGUGGCUCUUCCUCCUCCUGUCUCUCAAGGAUAUUCCCACAGAUCAUUACAGCCUGUCUGAGGGAUGGGGGUUCGUCCCUGCCCAAGGGAUCUUCUAGGAAGGAAAUCGGCUUGAAAGAAUGCAGUGCUCCCAAAGACCCUGGUUUGACCCAGGAGAUCAGACUGACUUUCUUAUCUCCCUGGUGGUGUUCAUAAGCAACCUUUAGAGUUGCUCUCUUAGCCUCAGUUUUCCAUCUUCUCUAUCCUGAGUUGAGUGAAGACUGCAAAGGAUUGUAUCAGUUAUUGAAAAGCAUUCUCUUAUAAGUUGGCAAUCCAACCAUAUGAGAGUUUUCUGCAAAUUUGUGCCUUAAAAUUCCCAAAGGAGAAUGGCUUUGCAGAUCAUUAAACUCCUAUUUCAACUAAGAGAUCCUUUUAUCUAUGCAAGUGUAUUACCAUGUUGUCCAUGAGGGAGAAAUGGGCAAUUUUAGUUUUUAGGAAGAAGCAACUGGAAAGUGAGUCAUCUACAAUCAGUAUAACCAUUUAGAGGCCUGUUGGAAAAGUUCUGAAAGCAAACUCCUUGGUACUCUUAACGAUAAGUUAAGUUCAAAAAGACGAGUUAGGAAGAAGAGUUUAGAAUCUUCUUUAUAUCCUCAGAUGGAUUUUGUUGUCUGGCAUACAUUGAGAUAGUAACGUUUCCCAGUUGCUUGGAACCAUGAUUAAAAGAUGAAGAAAACGC